UUGGCGCCAGCGCGGAAGCUGGUUUCAUUGGGCUCGGAACCGAGGCGGAUAAAAGCAGCCACAGCGAUGACUAGACGAAGUGGCCGCCAGCGCAAAAGGUCUGAAAAUGCAUCCAGACGGAAAGGCAAAGUGAGAAAGCAAAGCAACAGAAAAAUGGAUCAGCCGCUGGCGAAGCUGCAACUCGACAAGAACCGGGCGAUUCUCGAAGGUGUUUCUCAACCAUGUCUCAUCGGGUCUCCUGAAAAGACAAAAGCGUUGGACUUUCCUGCUCUCACAUCCUCAGAGUCGAUGAUUCGGUGUCCUCUUCGCAGUUCUGACGCUCCUCAUGAGAUUUCGCCGAUCCUCGACAAGCGGGGUCGCAGUCUAAGCUUCAUUGAGAAACACCCGACCCUACAACCCAGAAUGAGAUCGAUCCUCCUCGACUGGUUAAUCGAGGUGAGUGAAGCCUACACUCUUCACCGGCAGACCUUCUACCUGGCCCAGGAGUACUUUGACCGCUUCAUGCUGACCCAGAGCAACAUUGAAAAGGGAAUUCUGCAGCUCAUCGGGGUCACCUGCCUGUUUAUAGCCUCCAAGAUGGAGGAAUCUUCUCCUCCAAAGCUCUCGGACAUGGUCUACGUGACCGCAGGAACCUACUUUGAAGAAGAAGUCCUUCAAAUGGAGCUCAUUAUUCUGAAGGAGUUGCAGUGGAACCUUUGUCCUGAAACCCUGGUGUCUUGGCUCCAGGUCUACUUUCAGCUUGCAUCGAUGGACACACACUCAGACCUGCUGGAGCCGCAUUUCCCGGUAGACGUUUUCCUGCUGAUGACACGACUGUUAGAUCUGUGCGUCCUCGACUUAAACUCUUUGAACUUCGAGUACCGAGUGUUGGCUGCCUCCGUCCUGUGUCACUUCAUACCCCCAGAAACAGUUGAAGAGGUUUCAGGUUUGCCGAUAGACGCCCUGCGGCCCUGCAUGAGCUGGAUGGCUCCCUUUGUGGACUCGGUGGGUCUCUUAGGCAAGGUCACGCUGAGGGAUUUCAACAACGUGAAGACUGAAGACAGACACAACAUCCAGACGCACGCAAACUACAUGAGCAUGCUGGACGGCGCCAGUCAAAAGAUGCUGAAUGGCCAGAUUCCAACUCCACCGAGCAGCACGGAGAAAACCCACUGAACCGAAGGAGGACGACUGACGUGAACUCAGGGCUGAUGAACAACAAACACUGAUUCUGUUUACUACAGGGAAGAAAAAAAACAGUCUGACUGCGAACAUGAAACAUUUCAGCAUUAUUCAGGAUGAUGAUGAUUCUGUGUUUUGAGAGACUCUUGAAUCUUGGCCAAAGCUUUUCUUCUUUUUUGUCUUUUAUGGGUUUUGUAUUUUGUUGUUUUUGUUGUUUUUUAGCUUCUUUUUAGUAACUGCUUUGCUGAAGAAAAGAGAAAAUGUCAAAAAAAAAUUGAGUGUCAAGGUUUAAGGUGAAAGCCAUUUCUGGCUGUGAUGUGCAAUUGUUUUUACUUUUUUAAAAUUUGUUGUUUUUUUCUUUUUAAAUGUUGAGGAAACACACGGAGACACUGCUUCAGGGUCAGAGGAAAUGUUCAAUAGUUUUUAGCGGGUUACUGCCUCCUAUUUUACUCGACUCUUAAAUGAACUGAACUUGAAAACACGCGAUGUACAAACAAAGAUGAAUGAUGUUCUCUGCACGAACCGAUGCAUUAUUUGUGUAACUCAGGGCGUUUUAUUUCUUGUAAGAAUUCACUUCACAUGACUUCAAGUGAACAAAUGAACAGCUGUAUUUAUUUAGUUUACUUUCAACCGCAAAAUAAAAAAUGUACAUUCCCUCCCCUCAAA